AUGGCGAUCUUUCAGCGUGGUGGGAACCGACGUGGUGGACAUGGGCGAGGUGAUGGAUCCGGAUCUGGGGGUGGCCGCGGAGGAAACGGAAGUAGAAAUGGUUCCGGAUCCGGAUCCGGAGGCCACAGAAACGGAAGCGGUCGACAAUCUGGAUCUUCUUCCGGAAUUGAUGGCUGGGGCUCCUCCGAUACGCGUAGCGGCGGUGGCGGUGGAUCCGGCGAUCGUAGAGGGUCCAAACCCAAAAAUGACGAUAGUUCGUCCUCCGCCUGGGGAGGGAAUAAGAAUGCGGACGACGACAAGUGGGGUGGCCCUACACCUCUCGACGAAGUGCCGAAACUGGGUCGCUCCCUCGCCGCCAAGAAAGAGGCGCAAGACCAACGCUCCCUCACGAAAGAUGACGACGGCUUAUCGACAACGCCACCCAAUAUUGUAGCAGGACUAGCCACGCUUAAUAAAGUGGUUGAGGUGCCCCGUCAGCCGACAAACCCACCAAAUCCGUCGUAA